AUGGAGAAGCGAGGCCGACUUGGAAAGCCUUUGUUAGGCCAGAAUCCUCCGGCGGCACAGGCGGCGCCUCGGAAAGAGAGGAGACCGAGCAUGUUCGAGAAAGAGGCAUAUGCCCAGAUCUUGAGGGAAAGACUGCGAGACUCCAUACACGAUGUCCAGUAUGUGGAGCCGCCCUUCGAUGACUCGAUUGCUGACAUAGGUAAAGAGUGGAAGAGCGCCCUGGCAAAGUUAAAGUUUGCUAAUUCAUACAGAAUGGAGCCGCUGAAGAGAUUCCAGGCCCAUACUGUAGAAAUGAAAGUCCAGCAGAUACUAACGGAAAGUCUCAAAGAUGUGAAAUACGACCAGAAGGUCUUCUCUCACUUGUCGCUGGAUUUGGCAGACCGCAUAUUGUUAGCAGUCAAGGAGUUUGGGUACUCCCGUUAUAAGUUCAUUGUAAAAAUAUUAUUUAUUCAAAAGACUGGCCAGGCAAUAAAUGUUGCCAGCAGAGGGCUCUGGGACGUUGCGUGGGACAGUUGGGUCGCAGCUAAACAUGAAACAGAGAGUUACAUUGCCUUGGCCUUGGUGUUUGCUCUGUACUGUGAAUAG